AUGGUUAACUUUGCUCGCUACACAUAUCCUCUUUUCUUUCCUUUCCUACUUGCCGCUCUUCUUCGAUCGUUCGGAGCUUGCGCAAGACAUUUGAAUACUGUACCAGCACCAGCACCAACGCCAGCGCCAACAACAAUCCCAAUACCAAUACCCCGAAAGGCCUUAGAAACGCCUAAAAACUUGGCGGAUCUCUCAAGGCUCAAGAGUCGACUACGAUCAGGUCAGUCUACACUCUACACUCUACAUAUAUACUUCCUUCGUGCAAGAGAUCUUCCAAAUGACUUUCUUUAUAUGGAUUAA